GUCAAAGUCGGCAAAACCAAUGUAGCGGUUUCGGGAAUGCGCCACCUUCAGUUCAUUUCACCAUGCAAUUUUGGAAUGUCAACUACAAAUCUUGGAGUCGUAUUUCAAACAAGUGGCCAUAUUCAGACACUCAUCGAAAAGAUUUGCGCUACAGACAAUGGUCGUGGAGACUUAGAAGAGGUCUUCAUUCAACCAAAUCUAAAUUAGUGGGGUUUUUGCAGAAAGCACGUCGAUCAAGUAUGCCGGAUGUAAGCUACUUCCAAAAUACAACCAAUCAGCAGCUCACAAGUCAUCGCUUGCCCAAACUCCGUUUGCCGAAAUUCGACGGCAAGUACACAGAAUAUUCACGUUUUAUGCACACCUUUGAAUCGCUUGUGCAUGACGACGCUUCGUUGACCACAAUUGAUAAAUUUAAUUACUUGAUGGACUGUUUGUCGGGACCUGCGCGAGCUGUGGCCGAACCAUUUGAGGUUACGGAAAGUAAUUAUCCACGUGCACUUCAGCGAUUAAAGGAACGCUUCGAUAACAAAACGCUUAUUUUCAUACUAAUCGAUAAUGUCGCUUCAAUUAAGGGAGCCUUACUCUCAUUAGGAUCUGAGAAAAAUAUCAUGGAAGCGCUAUUAAUUAACAUAAUUCUCACUAAACUAGAUGCUGAUUCGAAGCGGGCGUACGAUGAAAAACAAGAUUUCAAGGAGCUUCCAUCAUUUGAGAGUUGCUAUACUCUUCUAAGUCAUCGCUGCCAGUUGCUCGAAAGCUGGACUAAACAAUCGAAUAUUGCUGAAGCUAACCAUCAAACACGAAACAAGGAAAGGAAAGGGAACCAUUAGAGUAUUAUGAAUUAAAUACGAUCACCUACGGUACCGCAUCUGCGCCUUUCUUGGCAAUUCGAAGUUUGGUUUUCAUUGCUGAGCAUUAUCGCGAUAGCUUCCCGAUCGGAGCUGAGAUGUUGGAAUCGGAUUUCUACGUAGAUGAUUUACUCACGGGGGCUGAUAGUGUAGACGACCUGCGUAAGCGAAAACUUGAACUCAUCCAGAUAUUAGAAAAAGCAAAACUUCAACUUUCAAAAUGGAACAGCAACUGCACCGAUAUAUUUGAGUGCUCCAAUGAUGUGAACAUUCAAUUGAUGGAAACCAAUUACUGACACGUUUUGCUUCCAAUAUGAUGAUAAGCCUCCAGAACAUAUAACCAAACGAUCAAUUCUAUCUACAACCGCGAAAAUAUUCGACUUACUUGGAUUGUUAAGCCCCGUUGUCAUACGAUGCAAAAUGCUACUGCAGUCUGUAUGGAUACACGGAUUAGGAUGGGAUGAUGAGCUACCAAAACCACUACAAGACACCUGGACAGACAUUCGAAAAGACUUGGCGAAUAUCAAUUCAAUCACUACUCCAAGGUAUGUACUAACAUCAUUAGCACACAAAGCAGAGGUACAUGGGUUUGCGGAUGCAUCCGAGCGUGCGUAUGGAUGCUGCAUUUAUAUCCGCAACAUUGGUAAUGAAGCACAUGAGUCGCGCUUACUUGUCGCAAAGUCAAAGGUUGCACCAGUGAAAGCCCAAUCACUGCCAAGACUGGAACUGUGCGCGGCACUGCUGUUAGUUCAAACUUGGAAAAAAUUUAGAGUCAAGUUGGAACCUUAUAUUAGCAAGACGUAUUUUUGGACCGAUUCUACGACCGUUAGAUAAAGAUGCAUUCCACAACCUUAAACUCUUUCGUAGCGAAUAGGGUAUCUGAAAUUCAGUCAGUUUCUGACCUAGUCAUCUGGCGUCAUGUACCAUCGAAAUGCAAUCCAGCGGACAUCAUAUCCCGCGGUUGCAGUGCUUCCGAGCUACCAAGCACAUUUUGGUUCAGUGGACCACAGUUUUUAGCAGAUGAUAUCAGUACGUGGCCUCAGCUUAGCAUCGACGUGACUUUGCCGAUCGAAGGACAACGAAAACGUAUGCCAGCACUUUGUUGCUAAAUUAGCAUUCAAUCUAAAAUUGUUUUGGAUAUUGUAAACCGAAAUUCUUCGUUUACACGAAUCCUUCAUAUUAUUUCAUAUAUUCAUCGUGUACUCAACAACAUUCCAACCAAUAGGCAUUUGUCAACGACGCUUUAUAUUUUGUAGUUGCAGCCAUACAACAUGAAUGUUUCUCCUCGGAAAUUGUUGCUCUUCAAAAAGACAAACCCCUGAAUCCAUCGCUGCAAAAACUGUCGCCGUUCUUGGGUGAGUUGCAAAUCUACAACAAACUCAAAGUGGUAGUCAGAUAGGGCGGCCGACUAUUGCGUGCUCCAAUUCCGGUGGAAGCGAAAUUCCCCCUCAUGUUACCUAAGGAUCAUCGCUUUACAUGGCUGUAUAUCCAACAUCUGCACUACUCACACCUUCACGCAGGCCCAAAGGUCUUAUUGGGGUUACUACGACAACGCAUUUGGAUCGUGAAUGCUCGUGAAGUUGUGCGCAAAGUAGUGCGCAAAUGCAUACAUUGUUUUAAAUACCGGCCUAAGUUGUUGCAACAAAUUAUGGGAAACCUGCCUGCCGACCGCUUGAAGGCACAACUACCGUUCUUGAUCUGCGGAGUUGGCUUUUGUGGCCCAUUCGCCAUCUCCUAUCGUAUCAGAAGCAAGUGCACAUGGAGUUAGUUUCUGACCUUUGCAGUGAAGCCUUCAUUGGCUGCCUUAAGCGGUUUUUCAGCCGGCGAGGUAUACCAAAGACUAUCUAUUGCGACAAUGCUACCAAUUUUGUAGGAGCAGGUAGGUUUUAAGCGAAUGUAAAAGGAAGCUGAUUAUAGAGUACUCGUCAAUCAAGGGCAUCGAUUUCCAGUUCAUUCCACCUCGAUCUCCUCACUUCGGCGGCCUAUGGGAGGCGGCAGUAAAAUCUGCCAAGCAGUUGUUCGUGAAGCAUUUGUCGCAGGCUCGCUUAACAUAUGAAGAGCUCUUAACUGUUGUCACCGAGGCAAAAGGAAUUCUCAACUCACGUCCAUUGGCAGUCAUGUCCGAUGACCCAAACCUUACGCCAUCUCACCUUCUCAUUGGAACUUCAAUGCAGUCAAUACCUGAAGUCGCACCUGACGUCAAUAAAUUGUCUCACUUGUCAAGAUGGCAGCGUAUAACGAGUCUGAAACAACAAUUUUGGCAACAGUGGCAGCGUGAUUACAUUCACGAAUUACAGCAACGUUCCAAAUGGUCGACGCCGCAUAGCAAUAUUCACCUUGGACAACUCGUCAUCGUACAUGAAGAUAAUAUGCCACCGCAUAAGUGGUUAUUAGCUCGUGUGGUCAACAUUGUACCUGGCGCUGACGGAAAGGUACGCGUAGCGGAUGUGAAAAUAUCUAGGGGAAUCCUGCGUCGAGCAAUACAUAAAUUGGCUUCCUUACCAUCCAAUAAUUGAAAGUUCCUUCCAAUGGGGGCAGAAUGUUGAAUCAUAAUAUAGUUUAUAACUUGCACUUGUUUUAGUAUUUGUAAUCUGGCAGCUUUGUUUUUAUUCUCUGUAAUUUCACCUCAUCCUAUGUAUGCAUAUGUACUUAUUGCUACUGAAAUAAAUUUACUCACUCGCGAUCCAACUCUGGCAAGAGACAGAACUCGAAUCUGACAACAUUUUUACUUCAAUUAAACAGAUACUUCCUCCUCUCCUUCUCCUGGCGAGAGGCGUGGAAAACAUCGUGUUCAAUCCCAUCACUGUGGACCUUGAUCUUCCGCAGAACCGCCCAUU